AUGAACGUUCACGAGCACGGUGUGCUUUACUGCCAACCUCAAGCAGGGGCAGGCAUAUCUUCACAUCAGCAUAUCCCCUAUCAAGGAGCGUUUCUCCCGACCCCCGACCUGCCCAACCCCCGAGCUGACUUCCCAGAACAGGCUGACAUGGAGCACUUCAAGCUGCCCCGAGAACCCCCCUACCUUCCCGACCCAUCGCGCUGCAAAGCCUGUCGCGCCACGCACCUCAGCUCAGGGUAUCGCUGCAAACUCUGCUGGAAGUUGGAGCUCUGCCACAUCUGCGGCUUCUGUGCUUGCUGUGACCAUUGCGGACUCUGCACGCCCGGUACGUGCGGCUGGUUUGACCCUUUGCCAGAGUAUCAAGUGGCGCGCAGUCUCCCCACCUCCGGGUACUCCGCUUUGCUUCAUCGACCCCCGCCUCAUGGCACCAUCGAUCCGACCCGACUCUCCCUGCGGGGGCCAACACCGGUGUCACCGCCCACCCGGCCUGAGAGGCAGAUGGACGCCUACCUCCAACUGAAGUAUCGAGGCCCGCCACUUGACUAUGUUGAGACGAAGGAUAGACUCCUCGACGAGAUAUUGUUCUGCUUCCAGAUUGCGGCGGUGUACAUCCCAACUUGGCGAUUGCUUCGAGCCCUCACCAACUACUUCUACAGCGCCAGCCCCUUACCACCGCUGAUUGCCCCCGAGAGUCAUGGACCGACGGCCUAUGGGUCGACUGUGACCCGUGCUACGCAGGGCCCUUCCAGUGGAACGAUGAGGUGCCUAUUUACCUUCCAUCUGCGUGGCAGGACGACAGAGAACAUCAUGCUUGGAGCCGAUAACGUGAAGGCGUGGGCUGAAGACAAGCUUGGCGGGGCAUGGCUGUGCGAUUUUGAGGAGGAGUGA